CAGAGAUGGAACCAAGGAGGUUAGAGGGGAAAUGGGAGAAUGAAGAGCCGGACACUGAGGAGCCUCUGCCCACAAUAAAGAGGGAAAUGGAUCCUGUUCCUGGGGCCGAACUUCAGCUGAAUGUAGCGCCUCAACCCCAGGCUCCAUCAGCCCCGGACUCUCCCCAGGCCAAACGCUGGGCACCAGGUCCAACUGCGGACGAGGGACCCUCACGACGGACCAAAGAUGUGGGGACCCAAACAGCACCUGAUUGGACUGACCCCACCCUUCGGCCAAUGCAGGAGGAGAUUGCCACCAUGAAGGCCCAGUUGGCCGAGCUCCAUGGGAAAAUGGCCGAGCUCCAGGGGGAAAUGGCCCAAAUCAAGGGCAACAUGGCCCAAAUCAAGGGCAGCGAGCCCUAAGUUUUAUUUUUUAUAUUUUUAGCAUUUUAAAAAAUGUUAUAGUUACGAUAAAAGUUGUUAGUUUUGUAGUCUU